AUGGGGCCUUUAAAAAGUGGGGCUACCAGACAUUCUUUCAAGAAGACCUUUGUUGGUACAAUAUUUGGGGGAUUGGUUUAUCUGAUCUUGACCAAAGAAAGGUAAGUAGUGCACAGCAUUAUGGUUUUUCUGAAUACUGUGAAAUGGGUUGAGACUCUUUGGUCGAGUUAGUUUUAUCAAUUAUAGCAGAGCUCGCAGCGCGCAACGAAGCCCCACACCUAUAAAAAUGGUAGUGAUACUAAUAACCAUAAAGCCUAGAAAAUUUGAGAUAUUACGUGACCAUUGAACUGAACGUCCGUACAAGGUGUCACUUUAAGGAUGCGUGAAUAACUGCAAUGCGGGCAUUCAUCUCGGCAUUACGUAUUUAGAAGGGGAAAGGAGAAGGUAGUUCGCAUGUACGCUGCGUGUGUAACAAGGAAUCGUAUGUGCUUGCACGUUAACGAUGUACAACCUGGUGAUUGCAAUGUCCCAAUGCAGCGUACCGUGGGCACAAGGUUGGUCAUAACGCUAGGCAUAACCACGACUUUGCUGAGUGAUUCCAAGCUAGGCCAGCGUAUGUAGCAACAGGAAAACGGCAAAAAUGAAUGCUGAGUUUAACUCCUUAUUCCUUUAGCAAUAUAAUCUUGCAAUUGUUGAUGAAAAUAACUCACUAAAAUAUUUGCACUUUAGCUUAAACAAAAUUGAAAGCAGAAGGCACUUAGGUAAAUUUUUGUUGUUUUCCUUUAGCUGGGAUUUUUUCUGCGUCUCUCUGAUAUGGGUGUGCUUAACAGUUGUUUGACGCCAAAUCCAUUUGUUUAAAUCAGGUAGUAAUGCAAAGUAGAACAGAAAAGGUGCACAUUUAACACAGUCACAUGUAAGCUUUGUCGAAACCGUCAAAACUGACAUCUUUUGGAUCAAUAUUGGCCGAGUAAUUAGCGACUGUCUUUUUUUUAACAUUUCAAGAAAAGGUGGCUAAAAACUUGUCGAUCAUCGAGUAUCACACAUUUUCCUGCAUCGCCUUAGACAGAAUUGGCUUGACUAAUCAUCACAUUUAUCUGGGGAAAAUUUGCAUUAAUGGACAGUUUUACAGUUGGUACUUCUUUGACUGCAUAACAAAGGUUUAUACUGCCUGA